UGAGAAAGAAUCCAUAGUGACGAAAGGCUCGAUGACACUAGUUUGAUUAAUAAAAUUUCGACCAUUUCAAAUUUAAAACGUCAUCUACAUAACUUCCAUUCCAAGUUCAGAUUGUAUUGUUGUUCGUCACCUGGCUUAGCAGAAGAAAUACCCAAAAAAGAUGGACGAAGACCAAAAUUUAACACAGACAGAAGCCAACAAUCUAUCCAUGGCGGAGCAGGGGAGAAGACGCAGAAAGAAGGAUCCAUUGACAUUGUAUACUGUAGAAAUCCCGCUCAAUUCUCACCCCGUGAGCAAAAUCAAUCGAAUUCAAACAACUGUCCAAGCCGACAUUUCAACCAGCAUAAAUCCAAGCAACCCAUGUGGGAAUUUUUAUUUUUGACUUCAUAUCUCUGUUUCUUUUGCAAUCCCAUUCUGACAAUUCGUUUUCCCCCUCAGCUAAAUUUUCAAUUGAAACUUUUUUCAGGGUCUUCUCCCUUUCAAUCAUGUGGGAAUCUGAAUCUGAAUCUGUCAGGGGACGUGAAUAUGGCAAUGAACUCCUCAGUCCAACCAAACAUGGCCUCAAGACCGAUGGCUUUGAGCUCAGAGGCCGUUCAUGGCAUGUUGGAACCGAUAUUCCAAGUGACCUUCUUGUUCAAGUUGAAGAUGUGGAGUUCCAUUUACACAAGUAUCUUCUGUUUUCUCGGAGUGGGAAGAUGACAAGACUUGUGUAUGAAUCAAGGGAUCCAGACUUGAGCAAGAUUGUUAUAGAUGACCUUCCGGGAGGGACUGAGGCUUUUCUAUUAGCAGCGAAAUUCUGCUACGGCAUCCCUCUUGAUCUAACCGCGGCUAAUAUCUCUGGUCUGAGAUGUACUGCUGAGUACCUUGAAAUGACAGAAGAUUAUGAGGAAGGGAACCUCAUAUUCAAAACCGAAGCAUUUUUAAGCUAUGUCGUUCUAUCGUCUUGGAGUGACUCGAUUAUAGUGUUGAAAAGCUGCGAGAAUCUUUCACCGUGGGCGGAGAAUCUUCAAAUUGUUAGAAGAUGUAGUGACUCCAUAGCUUGGAAGGCUUGUGCCAAUCCAAAAGGUGUGAGAUGGUCUUACACUGAGAAGCCUCAAGACAUUCAAAGUCCAAAAUGGAAUGAGAUGAAGGAGCCGAUCCCAGGUGGAAGCCAUACUGUUCCUGUGGAUUGGUGGUUCGAAGAUGCAUCAAUCCUGAGGAUUGAUCACUUUGUGAGAGUCAUCACUGCUAUAAAGGUGAAAGGGAUGAGAUAUGAACAGAUUGGAGCUGCAAUAAUGUACUAUGCAUGUAAAUGGCUUCCAGGUUUAGUUAAUGAUGGAAAUAGAGAAGGCACAGAGGCCACAAACUGUAGUAAUGGCUGUGGCAGUAGCAAUAAGUACAAUUGGAAUGGUGGCCUUCAUAUGGUUGUGGUAAAUCCGAAAAAUGAAAUCUCGACGCUUCAGGCUAAAGAAAGGCGAAUGAUUAUCGAAAGUCUGAUCAGCAUACUUCCACCACAGAAGGACUGUGUGUCAUGUAGCUUUCUUCUACAACUUCUAAGCAUGGCAAAUGUGUUGAAGGUUGCUCCUGCUUUGGUUACUGAACUAGAGAAAAGGGUGGGGAUGCAAUUUGAACAGGCCACCCUCACAGAUCUUCUCAUUCCUUCUUAUAACACAUCUGAGACCAUGUAUGACGUUGAUCUUGUUCAGAGGCUUUUGGAACAUUUCCUCAUUCAAGAACUAACAGAAGAUUCAAGUCCUAGUAGUCAAUCCUUUUCAGGAAAAGACGUAUUGGAAGCAUCUCAAACCACUGGAAGUUCGAGCCAAAAUGCGAAGAUCCGAGUGGCAAGGCUGGUUGAUAGCUAUCUCACAGAGGUGGCUAGGGAUAGAAAUCUCUCCUUGACAAACUUUCAAGUCUUGGCUGAGGCUCUGCCCGAAUCGGCAAGAUCAUGUGAUGACGGGCUUUAUCGAGCUGUUGAUUCAUAUCUUAAGGCACAUCCAACAUUAUCUGAGCAUGAAAGGAAGCGGUUGUGCCGGGUGAUGGACUGCCAAAAGCUUUCUGUUGAUGCCUGUAUGCAUGCUGCACAAAAUGAACGACUCCCAUUACGAGUUGUCAUUCAAGUCCUCUUCUCCGAGCAAAUGAAGAUAAACAAUGCCAUAGCCAACAACACAAUCAAAGAAGCUGGCGAGUCUCGAUGUCAACCAAUUGCCUCGAGCAGAAAAACACUACUUGAAGGGACACCUCAAUCAUUCCAAGAAGGAUGGACAGCUGCGAAAAAGGAUAUAAACACACUUAAAUUCGAACUCGAUACUGUGAAUAUGAAAUACUUGGAGCUCCAAAACAAUUUGGAGAAUUUGCAGAGACAAUUUGAGAAGAUCCUGAAGCAGAAACAAACAUCAUCAUGGAGUAGUGGAUGGAAGAAACUAAGUAAACUGACCAAGAUGAAUGCAUUGGAAAACCAUGAUUUGGUCGAUCAAGUUCCAAUAACAGGAGAGAAAGCCAGAAAGACACAUAGAAGGUGGAGAAAUUCAAUAUCAUGAAAAGGAAAUUCAAUAGUAGGAGACAACACAAUAUUCAGAAUCUUAUCUUUUCUGCUUGGUGAAGGGUGGAAUGAUUGGAACUUUGUGGGAUUUUCAGGCUGUUGCUUCACAAAAAUGAGGUCAUUUCAUUUGAAACAUGAAUUUGUCUUUUCUUUUCAUUAUUCCAGAGUUAAUUUUUUAUUCUCAAGGAAAGUUACUGCUUUUAUGUGAAAUGGAAAAUUCCAUCAAGGGGUGUGUUUUGGAUU